UCCCUUUGCUCGAUAAUAUAAAGACAUGAAAAUGAUAUUGCACGUAGUCCAUCUCUCACUCGUUCUUUGCGCUAUCUCAGUCCAUUCAUUAAGACUCGUCCAAAUCACUCCUUAUCCACUUGGCUACACGCCUGUCCACUCUUUGAGUAAACUUCAACAUUCACUUCUAAACGAGACCAAACAACAAUCCAAAAUGGCCCGUCUCAGCAUCUCCAUGUUGGCUCUGUGCCUCUUCCUUGCCGUCUUUGCCACUGCCCUCCCUGCUGCCCAGAACAACCGUCCCGACCCCGACGCCUGGACCUUCCACGUACGCCCACCCCCUCUCAUCCCCUAUGUCUACCCACUCCCAACUAAUGAUCCUCAGAUGGCCGAAGAAAUGGCCGAUUCCGCGUCGCCCACGCCUGCCCAUGGCUCUACCACUCCCUCGCACGCUCACGUGCACGCUCCUGCUUCCUCGGCCACGCCUAGCAACGCUUCGCCGUUGGCGUCCACUACUCCCUCUUCCUCUGCUUCCCCUGCCCCCCCAGAGGAGACUAUUAGCGGUGGUAAGAGCAAGAGUGCUUUUGACUCUAUCCCGCUUUUUGGUCCUCUGCUUGGAUCGCUCUUGGGUUCUUAAAUGGGUGAGCUGAGAACCUUGUGAUGUGAGUGGAGGGGAUAAUCCUCGGGGGAUAAGUGUGUGUUGUGGUGAAGGUUUAUGUACGUAUGGAUGGAUAGUUGAAUCCAGGGAUGCAUUGCAAUAUAACUCAACGAUCAAAUCAAGGCCUAUACCUUUGUAAAAUGGAUUCUCGCC